AUGUCGCACGAGGACCUCAAGUCCAGCGCGCACGUGUGGGGCGGCGACGGCAAUGAGGGCGACAACAGUCAACAGCGCCAGUCUUUAUCAGAUGCACCUACGCAGCAAGAAGCGACGCCUUCUGACGCCCCGCCUGCUUACUCGUCGAGUAGCCACGGCACCAGCACCGGCGCCAGCACCAACCCAAACGCCAGCACCGGUAUCGCCACGACGACCAGCACCUCUCCGUCUCGCUCCCACCCCCCCACGAACCCCCUCGCCCAACUCGCCAGCCUUGCCAGCCUCCCCUUCCACCAAUACCAAGUCCCCGCCUCAGCCCUGAAUCCCGACCGCACCACCCUCACCACCACACACGCCCCCUUCCUCACCAACCCGGACUCCCUCACCAACCUCAUCCUCCAACAAUCCGCCCUCCCACCCAAACCCUCUCUCCGCAUCAGCGGCACCCACAAAACCUCAUCAGGCGAAACCACCACCGACUUCGACCUGACCCUCAGCCUCCUCCCGCUCCUCGACGUCACCGAACCAUCCUCAUCACGUCUCCGCCUACAUCCCCCACCACAAACCUCCGGUGGCGGCGGCGGCGGCAGCGGCGGCAGCAAACUCUUCUCCAAAUCAUCCUCGUCCUUUUCAUCCCGGGAACGCUCCCCCCUCGACAUCUGGGCCCGCCACUUCUGCGUCACCGACAAGUCGGAGCACCGCAGCCUCCGUCUCCACCGGCGCAUCGAGGGCGUCUCGGCCGCCGCGGCACUGCUCGAGGGCCACGUGCGCACGCUGCUCGCCGCGCUGAAGUACCGCGGUAAACUGGACGUGGCUUUCCCGGUCGAGUAUGAGGACGUGGUGGUGCAUAAGCGGCCGGGGAACUGGUUGGUGGGGUUGUUGAGGAUUUAUCCGGAGAAGAGGUUUGAGGUUGGGGAGGUGGUGUGGGGGUUUGGUGGGUCUGCGAGUGGUGGUGGUGAUGAUGGGUCGGUGUUGGUGGGGUUGUGGUGGCGGGAGUGGGAGGGGGUGGUCCGGAAUGCGGUGCUAGCGCGCGUGAAGGGGAGGGUUGGCGUGGAGGAUUGGGUUUGUUGGCGGAUGGGCGCGAGGGAGGCGGAGAGGAGGGUGGAGUGGGGUGUGGAUUGGGCGGGUGAUACGUUUUAG